GUGUGACUGAGGACUGAGGUAUCAAACUAAUAAGGUAUUGGAGUAAGCUCGUCUAUGUAAUCAAAGACGGUAUAAACCGCAUGACUUGCCUGAGGAAGCCACAAAAGCUCGGCUUAGUUAACCUGGCGAAGUCAGUCAUUGUCAUCUCAUUGUUAUCGUCAUGAGAAGAGCUCUGACGUCCCUUGCUUUAUUCGCUAUCAUACAAAAGCUCUGGUGGAUAAUGACACGUUGAAUAGUUUCAUUCUGAAUUAAGGGAUUUAUAUUUCUUCGCUUUGAGAACAAACCACACUUUACCUGGACAGAUGUACAUACUGAAGCAGUCCACCAUUAACGGUUCAGGAAAUAGAUGUUCAUCUUCCUCCAUAGUUAAGCAAUUAGUGUCCCGGCAAACACACAGCACUCUUAUAACGUUCGUUAAAAAAGUUCCAAGAGCAUUCAAAGGAUUAUAGACUACCCUUGCUAACGCCUUAAAAAUUCUUGGGAUAUCCUGGAACGGCGCUCGAAUGUCGACUUCUCAGAGGAUGCUCUGAAUAAGGGAAAUCGGAAUGAUUUGUAAAGGGAUAUAGUCUUCGGCAAUGUUGUAGCAGAAGAACGCUGUAUUGGUGACAAAGACGACUUAUAACAAGGAAGCAUGAUAAGGAGGCGGCGUUCUUGCCUAUGUUACUUCAUGGCAAUAUUUGUCUCCGUUGCCGUCUUCUACGUGUAUUACUUCAUCUUGCUCAAAGUCCCUGCUGAGGACAACCAGCAAGUCAUUUUGCCGAUGAAACGCCUGGAGGAUAUGCAUUUCACGAAGGUCCGUCCGACCAAAGCUGCAGGGAACCUGACACAGAAGGGCACUACUGUGGAAGCCCUCGAAGUCAACGCCGAUGGGAGUGAGGAGGUUUUGGAUGCAGAGGGCAACCCUAUUCCAGAUCCAGAGUUGAGAAAAGAAUUUAAAAGGAUAACUGCUAAGGUUCCGAACACUUUCUUGCCUGAAUUUAAGAACCCUUGCUGGUUGGAUGCAAAGGAUGAACUCAAUUGCUUGCCUUACUUUUAUCUCAUCGGGAUGUCAAAAUGCGGUACGACCGAUUUAUGGAAGAAGCUGACCUCGCACCCGGAUAUUGUUGAUGUACCCAAAGAACCGCAUUGGUGGGGUCCGAGACGAACCGGUUGGACCGGAAUCGCUGCUCAUGGUCAAGAAGUAAUGCAGGUUCGUAAAAAGACCGGUGGCAAAGAUGACAGAUCUAUCGACUGGUAUCUAAACUGGUUUAAGACGUUCGCUGUGGACAAGCUUAAGCCACAUUUCGCAAGUGCAACAUCAAGAGAAAGUUAUCAUCCCAGGAUUUUUGGUGACGGUUCGAUCAGUACUGCUUACUCAAUUGGCAACGCGUGGUUAAAAACCAAUGCAGGCGCCACGGAUCCUCCGUAUACAAACGCUGAAUUACUGCACGCCAUUCAACCGAAAGCUAAAAUAAUCAUCAUAGUAAGAAACCCAACGGAACGAGCACGAUCUUGGUACUUCUACACCCACCCACUGACUACCCCUGAUGAUUGGCAUGUUAGUGCUAUGACAUCGAUAGAGUGUUACAACAGUUGUAUGAAAGAACACAACGAGAGAUACUGCGCAUACUCGUUUGGAUGUCCCUACACACCGUUCCAAGGUAUCAACGUAGGACUGUAUCAUAUAUUCCUUUAUGACUGGAUCAACGCAUAUACACGGGAAGGGGUACUGGUCCUACGUCUUGAGGACUGGCAUGCGGACCAGGUCUCAGUCUACAGGACCAUCCUGGAAUUUCUGGAACUAAGACCUCUAACACCGGAGGAGGAAGCAAAGGCUCUGAGCACACGAUGGGUUCAAGCAAGCAACAAAGUGGCACAGUCGAAAACGAAAAAAGCUUUGGACGAUUUCUACCGCCCUCAUAACCAAAAACUAGCCGAAUUAUUACAAAGUGAUAUUUAUCUCUAUCCCUAAAUUCAAAAAGUACAUCGGGCGUCGGAACUGAUGAGAGUGAGUCGGGAGUGGGUAUCCAGUACCCAAUAUUUUCACGUCUAAAAGAUAAAGAUACUUGCAUGCAAUAAUCUAAAGUAUUAUACAUACGGGCCUCUUUUUCCAGAGAAUGAAAUCAUGUAUUUGAUUCCCUUUGAUCGAUUUCAAUAUUGUAAGCAUAUUGCUUUUCCUCCGUAUAAUUCGCACUCCGCAGAUGGAUAUGAUAUGCUGGCUUCAAUCGCUGAAAUGCGACAAUAAACUAAAACUAAAUCUAAAACGUGUUGCUAAUAUUGCGUUUAGACACCAAUUUAUAUUCAAAACUUGGAUCAUCUUCCAUUUUGACUUUUUGUAAAAUUUUGUUUUAAGAUUAAUCGAGACACUGUUGGAUUGGAAAAUUACCAUGGAACUUUUUUCACUGUGUUCAAUUUUUGUAUGUGUAAUGAUGAUUAUGAUAUUGGCUUUCUUUCUUGGUAUAUACGAUAUACCACGCAAAGGCAGCCAAUAUUACAUAAAUAUAGAUCUAUAUUAUAGAAACGAUAUUUUGAUGAACUGUCUCAUACGUGAUUUUUUUGCUCUCAAGGUUUUGACGAUAUUUAUUUACAUAAAAUAAUAUAUGAAUGUCUUUAAUCCUAUGUUUUAAUUAUUCAUAUUUAUCAAAUGUAGAAGUUUGAUUAACAAGAAAGUACAUGUUUUUAUUUUUCAAUAUCAUUUGAAUGCACAUCGAAGUCGAAAUCUUUCCAACCAUUCAUUUCUGUAACAAAUACUGCAUUAUACUUUUGUGUUAUCGGUUUGUAAUCAAAUGAUUCAAGGUGCUGGACACAACUAAAAUUUGGGAUGGAGAAACGCACAGGGGGAAGGGUGGUCACAUCAUUAUAAUGACUAUUAUGCAUAUAUCAUUUUCAUCAUUUUUUCAAAUUAAAAAUAUUAUAUGAUGUAUGCGAAAAAAAACAGAUAUAAAGUAUUCUAUUAUUAAUUCAGUUGUACACGUCCCUUUUCUUUUAUACUGUCAUCGAAUAUAGGCGUCCAUUAAUAACAUUUUCUGUUUCAUGUCCAUUUUCCGUGUUUAAUAUCCUUCAGUCUACAUUACCCUUUAGAUUCUCAAAGCCCUGAGGCUUUCUAGGUUUACCCACAGCCUUCCUGUCUGUUCCAUCCACUCUACCCUAUCCUCUGUCUCUAAUAGUCCCCCGGCUAAAGCUAAAUGUGAUUGCUUUAUUCAAAAGUUAAAGCUUGCAGCGUUAUUGUGUAGCUUUUUCCAUUCGUCAGAAAAGUUCAAACCGAAGUUACUCCAAUAUUUGCCUUCAUAGUCCGCAAUAUUGACCAUGAUUUGUUGUUUUCUCGCGAACAGCACUUUAUAGUUAAACCACUAAAAACUUGAUUGUAGAAGAAAAAAUUAUCUUCAUAUCAUGCAUAUUAUCAUGAAGUAGAUAUCAGAAUAAGAU